AUGCUUUUGCGGUCUGCGACGGGUUGGUUCACAGCCAUAGCAAACGGGUCCGUAGAUAUUGUUAGAAAUAAUAGAGAGAAAUUUGCUGGCCAGGUUAAUGAUGACGGCGACUCCGGGCUGCACGUGUCAAUUGCUAAACGUGACAGAGACAUCGCGGAGCUGCUGGCACCACUUGAGGGAGGUGUUCAGAAUGCAAACGGUGAAACCCCUUUUCACUUAGCGGUACGGGCAGACGAUACAGCCUAUCUAGACAUUCUCAUUGCUGCUUUUCCGCGUGAACUACUUCCGCAAUCAAUUGCAGAUGAUGUCUUGCAUGUAGCACAAGAACAAGGUAAUCCUGAGACCCUUGCUAAGGUAGAGAGAUACCUUUCUUCAGAUGGUCCCCAAACUGCUGUUAGCUUCGCCAUAACAACUCAGUCCAUUAACGAUGCUAAUGAAACAGACAAAAACAUCACUCACUCGCCUCUUCUAGAUAAUACCGUUGUAGAUAGCUCAAAGACCUCCUCAUUUCAUCCCCUAAACACGUUAAUCUCCGUUGAUUUGCCCGAAAAUUAUGGUUUUCAAGACUCCUCAAAGCCUAAUGAGCAUGAUAACGAUAUGCUUAGCAGCAAUACUGAGCCACUAUCUAAAGUAUCCUUUGGCUGUCAGACCGACCAACGCAUACUUUCAAUGAAUGAAGUAACACAGCUAUUGAGGACGCGGGAUGACCAAAUAGACGCACUAAAGCUACAGCUGAAAGAAUAUGAGCAAGAAAAAGAGACGAUAGCCAAACUUCGUGAGCAAAUUGAGACCCUCAAGGCUGACAGGUCCACUUUUCAGCAAAAGCUUGACUCGCAGCUUGAAGAAGGCAAAAAGAUUGGCAACAAUGUCAUCAACAGGCUUUUUGCGCGUGUUCCCCGCGAAGUAGAUGAAGACGGCAACACCCUCCUUAUCCACGCAGCCUUGCAUGGGUAUUCCUAUCUCGUUUAUCGUCUCAUAUCGGAGAACACAGAGACGGGAAUGACAAAUAAGGCCGGCUAUACCGCACUUAUGGUUGCAGCCAUGUCAGGAACCACUGAGUGUGUAAAGCUUCUUGCACCCGUUGAAGGUGGGAUCACGACUACGAACGGAGUAACAGCACUACAUCUUGCAGCUAGGGAAGGGCAGCUAGAGUCUGUGCGCAUCUUGCUACCCUACGAGGCCAGCAUAAGUACACACAAUGGGACCACAGCCUUGCACAUGGCUUGCAAGCGUGGACAUACCAGUAUUGCUGAGCUACUUGCUCCAAUACAGGCAGGAUGUGUUCAAACAGAUGGUAUAUCCAGUCUCAUGGUAGCCGCUGCUGAGGGUUACUGCGAUAUAGUGCACUUAUUGAUGGGAAGGGAGAAGCUUCUGAAAGAUCUCACUGGGAAGACUGCUCUCAUGUAUGCUUCUGAAAAGGGAAACCACGAGGUCGUCUUCUUGCUACUAGAGCACGAAGCUGGUCAGCGAGACGCCAACGGGCACACAGCUCUCAUGAUGGCCAGCAAAACAAGCUUAUGUUUAAACACUCACGGUGAUUCAUCGACACCAGACUCGUCAGCUAGCCAAGAUGCACACAAGAACAUGCGUAUAGGGAGCUUGGUGACCCUACUUAUAAGUAAUUCGCUUGAGCUGGGAAAGGUAGAUAACUAUGGCUGGUCCGCACUCAUGUUUGCAGCGCGGGACAGUAACAUCCCAAUGGUAGAGCUCCUUCUGCCUCAAGAGAAGAGGCUCCAGGCAUAUGAUGGUCAAACGGCUCUCAUGAUCGGUACACAGGCAAACUCAUUCUCAGUUGUAAAGCUGCUAAUUGAUGCUGAAGCCAAAAUGCAGGAUAACCUGGGAAAGACGGCUCUGAUAAUAGCCGCUGCGAAGGGAUACACAAAGCUCGUCAUGUACUUAGCAGACUAUGAAGCUGGCUUACAAGACACGGAGGGGAAGACCGCACUCAUGUUUGCAGCACGUAAUGGGCAUUUACAAGCUGUCACGCUGCUCAUGGAGAAGGAGGCUCGCAUAAAGGAUUCCCAAGGGACGACUGCCCUUAUGUACGCCGCCGCUGCAGGGCACAUGACAGUGGUCCAAGCCCUUGUAGAGAAAGAGGGCGGGCUCAGAGAUACCGAUGGGAAAAGCGCAGCUAGCUACGCUGCCGUCUGUGGUCACAAGACCAUAUCAGAAUUCCUCAUGCUUUAG